AGGGCCAUGCAGGAGAAGCAACUGCGCGGCGACUGAGGAGAGGGGACGAGGGAGCGGAGCGGACAGGACAGGACAGGACAGGACAGGACAGGACAGGACAGGACAGGACAGGACAGGACAGGAGAAAAUGUUUCAGACAGGCAGGCAGGAGCACUUCAAACUGAUAGAAUGCAUUGGAAAAGGCUCAUUACGCUUUUAGGAUUUACACUUGGAACCACCAAAGACGUCUGAGGGAGGACAAGAGAGCCAAACAAGGCUGGUCGUCCUCUUGAGAGAAUGGCAGGGCAGACGGGAGAGGUCGACGAGACGAUAAAGAAGUUGUCCUCCUAUCCAGGAUUCAUCGGCUACUUGAUCACAAAUGCUGAUGGCAUCCCCAUCAAACAUUCAUUUGAAAAUGAUCGAGCAGAAGCGAUUCAGUAUGCGGGUUUGAUCAGUUUGCUGGCGUCCAAGUCAAGAAGUGCAAUCCGUGAACUAGAUCCACAAAACGAUGUCACUUUCCUUCGACUUCGAUCGCUCAAGCAUGAGAUAUUGAUUGCGCCAGAUAAAGAAUACACCUUGAUGGUGAUCCAAAAGCCUGUUGACAAAUCGUCAUAGCCAUGCUAAAAAGCUUAUGAUGCCGCAAAUGCGUAGAAAGUGUAUUGAAACACCGCAACUCCUU